CAAGUUAUCUCGGCAAAGUUGGACCCAUCCUGGACCCAUACGCCAAGGGCAAUGUCGAUGACAGAACUCUCACAGUGUGUAGCGGAUUGGACCUUGUCAACAUCAACUACAUGCAUAUGGUUGCCUCCUCAUCAGAACUUGCACAGGAGUGGUUUGACGGACUCCUGAAGAUUACCCACAACUUCAAAGCCAACAAUGUGUGCCCAAUGACCAGCCUAAUGAAGCACUGGAUGAAGAUAUGCUUUCAGGUGAACCCGAGUGGCAAUAUACCUGUGCGAAACCUCACCAGGACCUUUGCCUCGGGCAAGACGGAGAAGAUCGUCUUCAAGUCCCUGGAGGAACUUGGGCUUCCCUCAGGAAAGAAUGAUGAGAUAGAUCCUCAGACAUUCCCAUUUAGCAAAUUCUAUGAUCUGUAUCACAAAAUCUGCCCAAGAACUGAUAUAGAGGACCUCUUCAAGCAAAUGAGCAAAAGUGAUCAAGAGGGCCUGACAGUAAGCGAGUUAAUUGAGUUCCAUAAUGAGAGACAGAGAGACCCGCGACUAAAUGAAAUACUCUUCCCAUUCUACGACCGUGAGCGUAUUCUUCAAAUCAUCAACACUUAUGAGAAGGACCUGGAGUUUGUCAAGAGAGAUCAACUGAGUGUGGACGGUUUAUGCAGAUACCUGAUGUCUGAUGAGAAUGCACCAGUGUUCCUUGAUCGGCUUGACCUGUACCAAGACAUGGACCAGCCCCUAUCCCACUACUUCAUCAAUUCAUCUCACAAUACGUACCUCACGGGGAGACAGUUUGGUGGCAAGUCCUCUGUGGAGAUGUACCGGCAGGUCCUACUCGCUGGAUGCAGGUGUGUUGAGUUGGACUGUUGGGAUGGCCGGAAUGAGGACCAAGAACCAAUCAUUACACACGGUCUGGCCAUGUGCUCAGACAUCAACUUCAAGGAUGUCAUCAUAGCUAUCCGUGACACAGCGUUUGUGACGUCAGAGUUCCCGGUGAUUCUGUCCUUUGAGAACCACUGUACCAAGUUUCAGCAGUACAAGCUGGCCAAAUAUUGUGAGGAAUACCUGGGGGAGUUUGUCCUGAAGGAACCACUCCCAGAGCAUCCGCUGGAUGCGGGAGUUCAUCUUCCCUGUCCAAGCAAACUGAAGAGGAAGAUUCUUAUCAAAAACAAGAGACUCAAGCCAGAGGUGGAAAAAAGGCAACUUGAGCAGCUGAGGUUGAAACCAGGAGCCAUCUUGAAUCCUGAGGAUGAAGAAGAUGAAGAACCAGAAUCAGACAGCGAUUCGGAAGAUGAUGUUCGCCCACCUACUGCUAGUGUCGCCAACAAGCGCACACGCAGACAAUCCAAGUUAUCUGACUCCCAGGAUAGUGGUAAUAGUAGCGAAGAAAACUCUGAGGAACCACCACCCGAAGAGGCUGUGGAAGACAAAGAGCUUAAAGGUCAGCAGCUAUUGGACGCCCAUCCCGAGCUGAAGACACUGUCCUCCAAUAAGAUCGGCUCAACUGGAGACAUCGAAGGACUGGUCGGAGAGGUCGGCAAGGCGACGGGGGAUUCUUCAAAGCCAGUAGCGGAGAAGGAGGUAGCGGUAAGCACGCCGGAAGUUACAGAGCCAGUUAAACUUAAGCCAUCCCUAAGCAUGAAGAAUAGUAAUAAGAAGAACCUAUCCAGAGUGCACUUGGUUGAGGCUAAAGAUGCCAAAACAGACAACUCUGAAAGCCUGCAGGCAAGUGGUGUGGAGGCUUUAUCUCAAGAUGAGGAAGCCAUCAUGGUUGCCAACUAUCGCUACACUGGAGCAACUACUAACAUUCAUCCCUUCCUCUCUGCCCUAGUCAACUAUGCACAGCCGGUUAAAUUCCAAGGUUUUGAUGUCGCUGAAGAGCGUGGUUUUCAUUUCAACAUGUCAUCUUUCAAUGAAGCAGUUGGUUUGGGCUACAUCAAGACAAGCUGUAUAGAAUUUGUCAACUAUAACAAACGCCAAAUGAGUCGUAUAUACCCCAAGGGAGGGCGCUAUGACUCUAGUAAUUACAUGCCGCAGAUCUUCUGGAACGCUGGCUGUCAGAUGGUGGCCCUCAACUUCCAGAUGCCUGAUAUCGGUAUGCAGCUCAAUCAGGGAAAGUUUGAGUACAAUGGGUCUUGUGGGUAUCUCUUGAAACCAGACUUCAUGAGACGACCAGACAAAUCAUUUGAUCCCUUCUCAGAGUCACCGGUGGAUGGGGUUAUCGCAGCAACGUGUUCUGUCAGGGUCAUAUCGGGACAGUUUUUAUCAGACAAGAAAGUAGGUACAUACAUUGAGGUUGACAUGUAUGGGUUACCAACGGAUACGAUUAGGAGGGAACAUAGGACAAAGACGAUACCAAACAAUGGCCUGAAUCCAGUCUAUAAUGCAGAGGACUUUGUCUUCAGAAAGGUGGUCUUACCUGAUUUGGCUGUCCUGAGAAUCGCAGUGUAUGAAGAGAAUGGGAAGCUGAUUGGCCAGAGGAUAUUACCGCUGGAUGGUUUACAGGCAGGGUACCGGCACAUCUCGCUCCGUACCGAGGGAAACUUUCCCCUGUCUCUACCGACUGUAUUCUGCUGUAUUCAGCUCAAGACAUACGUACCCGAUGGUUUGGGAGAUUUUGUGGAUGCGUUGUCGAAGCCAUUGGAAUAUUUGUCUCAGGCUGAAAAGAGAGCCAAGCAGAUGCAAUCAAUGGGAAUUGAAGAGAAUGACAUCAGCGACGUACCUCUAGUGGGGAAGAAGAACAUGAAAGGAACACAGAAGCAAAGCACCAAAUCACCAACGACACCUACCUCUACUAUCAACAGCUUUGCACCUACCACAAACUCCGUUAUGCUGAUCUUAUCAACGGAUACGCUACAGAAGGACAGAACAUAUCAAAAGGUCCUCAAGAAACAAGCCAAGGAGAUCGAAAGUCUUCAGAGGAAACAUUCCAAGGAGUGUGCAGCAGUGAAGAAGACUCACGGCACAGUGGUAGAUAAGAUGGUUGUCUCACAUGAUAAAGAGAAACUCUCCGAAGAGAAGUCGCUAGAGAAAGCCAUCAAGAAGAAGGGAGAGAGCAGCUGCUGUGAUUUAAAGAUAGAAACAGAAAACAAGGUUCACUCCAUCGUCAAAGGUCAUAAGUUGAGGGUAAAGGAUGUGGUGACCGAGCAGAGCAAAGAGUGGUCUAAGGUGGUGACCCGACACGUUGCCGAGAUGAAUUCCUUAAAAGAGACCCAUGUUCAUCAGCAGUGUGAUGUCCUCAGGAAGCUCAUAGCUGAGAAACAGCAAGACCAACGGAAGACGCUGGAACAGAAACAUGAACGAGAGAUGAAGGAGUUGAAAAGUAAUCAGAUCAAGAUGUCCAUGGAUUCGAAGAAGUCAGUAAGUCAUGACAAGAGCAUCAAGAAUAAGGCUGAAAAAGACAGGAGAAUAAGAGAGCUCCAGAGUAACAGUACUAAGAAAUUCAUGGAAGAGAGAAAAAGACUCUUGUCCAGACAAUCGAAGGAAACUGACGAGUUGAAUACUGAGCAUAAGAAGCAGGUGGAUCUACUCAUACGGGCCAAUGAAGAGAUGAUUGAAGCGCACAAAGCCAAAACCACAGAGACCAAUAACUCACAUGGCAAGACGGAGCCUGCUGUAGUAGUACGAGAACAGAUUCAAUGUUAACGACUUGUUAUAAAAGGACACACAGUGACCCAACAUACUGCAAGGUAGAACCUCAUCCUCUGCAAGACCCCCCCCUCCCUCCCCAACCCCUCUCCUGUCUUGAAACUAUCCCCAACUAAAAGCCUUUCUUCAUACAGUCUUCAUGACCCAAGAUACAUGUGACAUCUAGAAUGCUUUCUAUGUAAAGCUUAUUGGUUUGAGGGGUAUGGAAACCAGUCACAGCUCCCUCAAGUACCAGUGGAAAGAUUCCGGUAUUUUGAUAGGGUCUUUAUUUUGAGCACACUCUGAGUUAGACUGGUCCCCUGUCAUUAUCCGCAAGAAUAAGUAUAGGCAAUGGCUUUAUAUGUAUUCACAUGUAUGCCAAAUUUAACGGCGAAUCUCCAGAUCCAUGAAGGCCAUGUGAAAUGAUGGGAGGUCAAAGGUGAUUAUGUACGUGGGCCUCAAAAGCAGAUCUUUGGCAUAAAUCACGAGUCUUGAGGUAUGACGUCAGAUGUUAAGGUUAACUCUGGGUCAUAUCAAGUUGCCGAUUUGUUAAACUGAAACAAGUUGUAGGUGUCGUCCAAAUGAGCACACUACAGCCAGGCCUCCGUGGCUACACAAAUCUUAUGAAUUUGAGAAGUUUUGUCUUAACAAACAUAAAUGAAUUCAGACUAUUGUGCAUCAAGAGUGUCUUGGGAGGGGUAGUUCUGAUAAGAUCAUCUCGCCAUUAGCUGUGUACAACAAUUGUUACUCCGUCGACUGAAGGCAGAGAUUUCAAAAUGGCUGACACAACCUACACCAUCGUUGGAGGUUGGCUCCAUGCUAGUGAGUAGAUUCGUACCACAAGGACGCAAAGUACUACAAAAUAGUGUGUCAGAAUUUGUUCCACCAUUGGUCUUGUGUUGUUGUGUAAAUGUAGGGUAGUUGCAGCUCUACAAACAAAAAGUUGACCCUUUCUAUUUUUUAGUGUUUUAGUGUGAAACCCUAUGGCAAACUUUUUAUCAGUUUAAAAUAAUUGGUUUUUAAGUUUAUUUUUGAGGUAGCAUCUUUGAUUUGAAACAAACAGAAGUAUCUUAAAGGUAAUUUUUUUUAAAGGUAGUUUCAACUAUGCUUUUUAAUCAAGAUUUUACUUUGAACUUUUGGGAGCAAGAAAAUUGUCUUAAAAAGUGCCCGUUUGGUGGUAGCGGUAAUUGCUAAUCUUAAACUAAUAUGGUAUGAUGUGUGCUGCAAACAAAUAUCAUUGAAACUAGCUUGUUGUUUAACAGAUUCAAAAAAGUACUAGUAGAAAUCUAAUUGAUUCUUGAUAAAUUAUUUAUUUAUUGAUGAUUUAAAUAUCUUGCCAUUUGAGAGGGUCAUGUUUCAAAUUCAAAGAUGAAGGUACGUUUAACUCAACGUAGAGUAUUAAAAAAAAAGGGCAUUGAACCUAAAAGGUAAGAAUUAGUCUUAAACUGUAAAACCUUGAGAACACUUAUUUGAAUUUGUAUUUGUGAAGAAUGUAUUCCAAGCACCUUGGUAAAAAAUAGGGUAAAAUUGUUACUUCAGUACUUCUCUCUUGAGAAAGAAAUGAAAGAGACAGUCAGGAUUAUAUAAUGGGGAAUAUUUAGGGGUACUGUUAAAAUGGGUAAUUUAUAUUUUGUUUAUUUGGUAUUAAGCAUCUAGGUUUGAGAAGUGGUGUUGUAGCCAUGCACUUUUUAGGCUUUUUCUUUUUUUGUACUUUUAAUGAGGGGGUCCAAGGUUAAAUUCAGGGAUUUUCCAGUAGAUAAAGUCUACUUAAAUUUGGGGAAAAGUUAAAAAAAUAUCUAACCUCGCGUUAAAACAGUGUAAAAUGUCAUUUUACAGCGAAAGUUGAGACAUGUCAAUGGACAUCAAAAACAAAUGUGUCUGUAUGUUCCAAAGGGGAAUUUUUGCACAAGUCAACGGAUCAAAUUCAAUGAGUUUUGAUUGCAUCUUAUAAGAAUUCAGGAAUAAACUAAAGUUUAUCUGUACAAAAAGAUACAGAAGAACAUAUGUUUAUUUUGAAAAAAAAAUAAAAAUCGCAAUUGAAGGAUUGUCACACACAGUGACACAAACAGUGACACUUAAACCGUUUUAAGGUUAGGCGAAAAUCUUGUAACUUGUUUUCCCAGUUUCACAAGGACUCUAUUUAUUGGAAACUGAAUGGAUCUUGGAGACCCUUUUUGAUCUACAGCGAAUGAAUGCUGAAUGCACAUGCACAAACAAGAGCAGUGAUUUUCAUUUCUUUUUGAAAACUGCAGCUAAAAGAACCUGCCAUUGUUUUUAUACUGUAUUGAUUAAAACCAACUCGCUGCUUGUGUCAGACUCAGAUUGAUGAUAAAAAGCAGAAAAAUAUCGUGAUGGCAAAUCACUGGCUAUUAUUUUGUCGACCACUGUCAUAUUAAAACUCUGAAAGACAACUGGUUUUAAUCAUUUGAAGUUUCAAAAUUGUAUAUGUCACUCAAAGUGUGAAUGUACCAAAAGAUAAUCUUGUGUAAUGGAAACAGUUUUCAGUGAUUCCUUACUGUGUGUAUUGAAGGAUCUUUUCAAGGCUUUAACAGACCUUGCAGGUCUGCUUUUUCAAUUUGGAGAACUUAUAGUUCUCAUGUACUUUGCUUUUACAUGUGAAAGAAACACGAUUUCACAGACUAGUGUAACCGGUUCCAGCAUUCAAACACACACACAAGACUUGCACAAAAGGAAUCCAUAGACCACUUGCAUGUGACGUCCCCACGCUCAAAGAGCGCCCUCACUGGGGCAAAGGAGGCUGUUCUUUCAGCGUCCUUGUAGCGUUUGGUGAUUUGCAAGGAGUUCGUCGCAAUUCAACUGCAUGUCAUAACUUUUACAUCCAAACAUGUGGACUCUCGACAAAUAGAUUAAUCAAGCUUAGUCUGGCUAUCGACUUACAGUAUUCCAUUAUAACUUAACCCGUACCCAUUGUGUGAUAUUGAUAUGGUUGUAAUUCAUGUUCCUUUGUGGAAGCUGUUUAAAGUGCUUACCGGAUUAAAAGCCCAUUUCUUGUUCAAUCAAACAUAACCCUGGGUCACAGGGGACAGUACAACUUGCUUAUUACAGUGUUAGACGGAGAACAUCUCGACUGACUGAAAACAACCGUUUUGUAAAUAUGUACAGAUUAGCAAACAGACUUCAUUCUUGACACAAAAAAAAUUAAAAAUAUUAUGUAAAUAGACAGAAUGAAACGUACAUCUUGGUGUUUAUUAGUACUAAACUAAAGGACUAUGUGUAUUUUGUGUUUCAUAGUUAAAUAGCUUAGGUAUCAGAGAGUUUAAGGAAUUUUAACAGGUUAUACAUAAUAAAUCUUUUGAUGCAGUGUAUAUAUAUUUGUUUAUGAUAAACAUUCGUAGGAGACUUUUUCAUGGAAUUGUGUAUACAUGGUGCAUUUUAUCCCUCUUCCUGACAUAGACAUAAUGUUGGUUUGAAAGGAACUGGUUUCAGUUUUUAUUUGGAUUUAAAAUGCAUUUUAAGUUUGAUAAUGUAGACUUAUGCAUUGUAUAUAUUAGGGGAGUAGAAUUUUAUUUAUGUUGUGUUGUUAUUUAUUUUGUUUAUAUUUUAUUAUUACAGUUUAUUUCUGUGGGGAAGGGGUCUGUCUAAGUCAACACUUAAACGACUGCUCAAAAAGACUGAAAUUGUUUUGCUUUUUAAGAGAAUGGGUUUUUACGUGAACUGCACUUUCUUAAAAUUGAUUUAGUUUUAAACUUCCUUGGAGACAUACUGAAAUGCACCGGUAGCCUGUUUCAAUGCAUAGUCAAUGCAUGGUUUAGAAUAGAGGUACCACCUUUUCAGUGAUUUGUUUAUAGGCUUGUAUAUAAUGUGAAUAGCUGGUUCCCAGUCAAGGCUUGGUAUGUCUCCAUUCGAGGAAAUUAUUUUUAUUUAUUGUUUUCGAUUUUUAAGAAAUAUUUUGGUAUCAUGUAAAAGUGUCCACUCAGAUUAUUGAUGACAGAGUUUCAUACUUUUUUAUUUAGUAGUGGGAAGUUAGAAUUAGACUGGUCAGAGUCUGAAGUAGAAUGGUGUUGGUCGUCCUACUUUUUUUGUCUUGUAUCAUAAAUUAAAAUAUAAAACAAUUAUUAUAAAGAAUCGAUGAUGAAAAUAACAGGUCCUUUCUAUUUUUAGGUUUGUGUGGUUUAGGCUCUUUAAUUAGAUUGAUCAGGAAUCAUGGUUUAUUGCAAUAUCCAAGCUAGAUUGUACAAAUUACAUUCAAUGGUUGUUUCCCAAUUGUCAAAAUCCCUUUUGAGAGAGAGAGAGAAAAAAAAGAUACUAUAUCAUAAAUGAUUCUUCUUUAUGUAUAUAAAGGUGAUUGUAUUAAUGUCAGAAUAACUACUACACAAAAAUUAAUUUAUUGUUUUGGGGGUAAACACCAUCGUAUGAAAUACUGGUUUAUUUCGUUAUUUUGGAAUGCUGAAUUACAAAUUAUAUUAUAGAGUAUAUUAUUAUCUUUUAAUUUUGUUUGACUUUUGUUUUGAUCAUUUUGUAUAGUGGGUGUGAGACAAAUUUGAUUUGUAGCCAUUUUGUUUUUUUUGCUUUUGAGCAGAUUUUUGUUGAUGUGAAGAGAAAGGUCUUGCAACUGAUUGACAGCAACAGUGCCUAAUGAUCCCAUAAUUAACAUUAUUAGUCCUUCUAACACUUAAUCAUUCAAAUCUGACAUACAUGUAUGUUACUCCACCAACAUGUAUUGGAGCCGAUUUCACAAAGCAAUAAAAUUCAUCCCAAG